AUGGGGAGAUGUGUUAUAAAAAGCGAGGGACAACGUUCAAAGCCGGAGAUUAUUCAAACACAAAUGUGGUUUGGUGUCAUUGGCCGAGGCAAAAAAUCUUUCAACAAUCACCAAUGUUUGGAGGUUGUGAAGAAUUUUUUGAGAUUCAAAAUUAUUCCCACGAGUCUAAUCGUUGUGUUGAAUGCGACACUGCUCCAUGAUUCACCAACAUCGGAUUUGACGUUGGACUCGACAAUGAAUCAACACUCACCAAUCCGAAGAGAGUCAGGGCCUAUUGGGAAAAAUGUGGCUAAGGCCAAGAGAGGGAGCACUUAG